UGAGUUUAAUUCGAAGCUCGAGCACAGACGUCCGAAGCAAUACAAGGACUCCACCCUCCACUCUCUCCGCUCUCACUCCCAGGCUUCGCUAGGGCUAGGCUAGGGUUUCUGAGAAUUGGAAUUGUAAUUGGAAUUGGGGUACAGAAACAGCAGCAGCAGCAGCAGCUGCAGAAGAAUAUGGCAUCCACCUCCUUUGCACUCUCAGCUCUCUCAAUAUCACCCUCUUCUACCUCUCAACCCCACAGAAACCCUAGCGCCUACUCUUCUCCCUCCCUUCCCCGCCAUCUUCCCCCCUACAACCUAUCUACCACUUUUCUCGGCUCAAGGCUUUCCAUUCGAAUUCCGAAUCUAAAGCACAUGGCUUCCAAGCCUCGGACGGCCGUCGCCACCGUCCUCUUCAGCCUCCCAACAGCGAAGCCCGACAGGAUUUCUACUGGGAAAAACUCCAAAUGGUCCGCCAGAGCGAUAAAGUCGUUUGCUAUGGCUGAAUUGGAAGCAAGGAAGCUUAAAUAUCCCAAUACAGGGACCGAAGCACUUCUCAUGGGGAUUUUGGUUGAGGGAACGAGCCUAGCUGCAAAGUUUCUUAGAGCUAAUGGAAUUACGCUCUUCAAGGUUCGAGAUGAAACUGUAAAUUUACUUGGAAAAUCAGACAUGUACUAUUUCAGCCCUGAGCAUCCUCCAUUAACUGAACCAGCUCAGAGGGCCCUUGACUGGGCUUUUGAUCAGAAACUAAAAUCAGGAGAAAAUGGGGAAAUAACAGUAACUCAUCUGCUUCUUGGGAUUUGGUCUGAAAAAGAGUCAGCAGGUCACAAGAUCUUGGCGUCCCUAGGUUUUGAUGAUGAUAAAGCUACAGAGCUUUCCAAAUUUAUGGAUAAGGAUUAUGAUCGUAGCUUUAAAUAAGGUAUAAGGAGGCAAAAACGCCCCAUUCUUCAAACAAUUGCUUGCUGUCAAACCUUCUCCUACGCAGCCUCCAAAAGAUAUCGCUUCCUGGUGCUUUUGGUUCAGGAAGUUCUUCUGCAUAUGGUGUGUUUCAGGAUGGGGAUUCGCAAACAAUUCUGGAAUUCAAAAAUUCCACGCAGCCCUUGCUACUCGUGGCCCCAUUUUAAACAAUCUUUUUUAUAUGUACCAUAACUUCCCAUACGACAACAUACUUAGGACUUGUCAAGUUAGCUAAAUCAGUGUGUUUCAUUAUCUACACUUAAGUUUGAAUUUCAUUGUCCGUCCUUUAAAUAAAUUUAGUGUAAUAUUUUUACCGCUUGCA